CUUUGCCCUAAGAAAAAUCAAGACUGGGAUCCCAACACCCGAGGGGGCCGGAAGGAGUUAGAGCUGUAUCGGGAGUUUGUGCUGGCUGCUCUCCGGGAGGCUAUCCCCAAGCAGAAAAAUUUGUCUAAAUUGUAUGAAGUGCGGCAGGGUCCGAAGGAGGAUCCAUCCAGUUUUUAUGGGAGGUUAUGCGAGGCAGCCAGACAGUGGACGGAUUUAGAUCCGGAGCUGCCAGAAAAUGCCAAGAUGUUUAACACACUGUUUAUAGGACAGUCAGCCCCAGAUAUUAGAAAAAACUACAGAAGACUGAAGGAGCAGCUGGAAUGAGCAUCAGCCAAAUGAUUGAGAUUGCUUAUAAAGUAUACUCCAACAGAGAUCAGGUUAAGGAGAAAAGGGAAGAUAAGAGAAUAAAGGCACAGGCAUCAUUACAAGCGUCGUUGUUGGCAGUGGCAAUGGUAGAUCAGAGGAGUCGGGGACGAGGCAGGGGAAAUAGAGGGCAUAGAGGAGGUGUGGGCUGUGCUCUGGGAGGCUACGGCCAGGGUCCCAGGUUGGGACCUAAUCAGUGUGCUAUUUGCAAGCAGGAAGGGCAUUGGAAAAAUGAGUGCCCCAAGAGGGAGAAGAAGAGACGAGAGGAGGAAGAAAGAUUGUUGAUGUUGGAUGGUUCUGACCAGGAGUGACGGGGACCGGGGGCUAACACUGAAGUAAUCUCUGUCUCCCCCGACGAGCCCCUGGUUAAAAUGCAGGUAUGUUCAGGAAUGACUUCCACUCCCUCUAGAUACACCAGUCCACAAGUUCCAGAUCGGAGACAAGGUACUGGUCCGAACAUGGAAAGACAAGCCGCUUCAGCCCAAGUGGAAGGGACCAUAUCCUGUGAUUCUUACUACGCACGCUGCAGUGAAGGUUCAGGGGGUAAAACCGUGGAUACACUACACUCGGGUGAAGGCCGCACCAGAAGUACCACCUGCAGAAGAAGUUGCUGAGAGUGUCACACCGGAAGCCGACACAAACGGACACCGUUGGACAGCAGAACCAGUAGAAGGACUCAAAUUUCUGUUUAAACGUCAACCAUGUGGAAAGUAGUUCUUUGCAUAGGUGUAAUGUUUUUAGAGUCUAAGGGGUUGGUGCAUCAAAGGUUCGAGAAGAGUCAAAAUGUGUGGGUUCAUUUGGCAAAGGACGUAUUAAAUGUCACUCAUUUUUGUUUGGCAGGUGGAAUAUCAGUUGAUGAUAUUUUCACGUCAUGCCUUAUAGGGGUGCCCACUGCAAUGGAAGCACUCCAGAAUCAGACUUGGUUCACAUCUGGGGGAAUAGGAGGUCCAAUCAAUUACACUAACAACUCCAUGUGGGGAACCAUUACCACAGAAAAAAACGCUAGUACCUUUGAAAUAGAUUUGUUGACAGUCACCUCCCCUGGUAACACCAGCUGUGCCAAUUUUGUGAACUGUACCCAAGCUUGCAAAAGCCUAACCAAAGAAACAAAAAUUUUCAAUUGCUCAGACAUGACUAAUGUAUCUUGCAACUACGUUCAUGUUAUAUUACCCCGGGGGUGGUUCCUCCUUUGUGGGAAGACUGCCUAUUCAUAUAUCCCAGCCAAUGCCACAGGAGGCCCUUGUGCUCUAGGCCGGUUGACUGUCUGGCUACCAGGUAUGCCUAAGAUCUCUAGUAAGCGUCACCGGAGAGGUUCGAAGGUGCUAGAUAAAUCCUGUGAUAGUGACAUAAACCUCCUGAGUGAGGCCAAGGUAGUGUCCUUAGCAGUUUUCCUAGUAGGGGUGCCAGGCCUAGUAGUGGAUGCUGAGAGGCAGCUUGGUAAGGUGGCCUGUGCCCUGGCAAAGGGCCUAAAUACAACUUCACAGGCCCUAGCUGCCCUCAAUAUUGAAAUGAAAGAGCUAAGAGGAGCUACUCUGCAAAAUAGAGCAGCCAUAGAUUACCUGUUGCUGAGGCAUAAUCACGGAUGUGAAGAGUUCGAGGGAAUGUGUUGUUUUAAUUUGACAGAUAACUCCGAGUUGAUAGAGUCAAAAGUGCAGAAGUUAAAAAAAAAGUUCUGUCCCACAUUAAGCAAGGGGAAGGGUUCAACUUCUCAUGGCUUACUUCUUGGCUUCCUAAUGUUUCAUGGCUUAAGCAAAUUUUCCUAUUAAUUGUGACAAGUAUGUGUAUUUUCUUGAUGAUCUGUUGUGGGAUACAGUGUGCGCCAAUGUGUUGUGAGAUACUCAAGAAAUCAAUUUCUUCCCCAGUUCACCGCGUGAUGUUUGUAAAAUCAUCAGUUACAAACCCGAUCCAAAACAAUCGGGAGGAAGCAAAAAGAUUUCUGGAGAUGAGAAAGAUAGUCGAGAACUAUGGGCCUUUUCCAUAAGGGCCAUAGUCUCAAAGUGGGGAUUUGAUGGGUACCCCUGAACUUUCACUAUGCAUUUUCUACUUCGGAAACAGCUUUGUAUGUUUUGAAAAGUAUUUUAUCUAACCAAGGGCAUAGAGUAGGUUGUUUAGGCUGGGGGAGAUUGCUUGUUGCUUAGUUGCUUAAUUGCUGGCCUCGCUAAAAGGAAAGCUGUAUCAACAAAGUCUGGAGCUGGAAGGGGGGUUACUUGCUGGGCUUGCUAUACAUUUCGUCACAUCAGCAAGUUUAACCUGUUACAUAGCUAUAUAAGGCAGACGCCCAUUGAGGUGUGUGUGCUUGCUUUGCGAACGAUUGCCAAGCACCACUUUCUGCGCAGAAAUAAAGAUUAAGUUGGAUCCUUCAA